AUGACUGAAUUCAAAGUCAAUUGCAGUGUUUCACGGAAGGAUUUAUAUGAAGGUGAAGUUAAAUUAGAGAGAAAGACCGGAUUGCGUGAUAUAGUCCCAGAGUUUGAACUCAUUGAGGUAAGUAGUGCGCAAUCUCCAGUUGAAGUAUCCACCCAAUUAGAACAGGAUGAAUUUGAAUUUCCAUUGUUUUCCUUUGCCCAUGCAGAAGUACAAGAGUCGAAUGAAGAUGAAGCAAAUAAAGCAAAUUACGACGAGUCAGGAAAUAAGACUGAAUUACAAUUAACGAAAAUUACCCUUCGAGAAUCGCCGUGCGAGACAUUUAAGCAGGAGAGGCCACAGAGCUAUUAUUUUGCCAGGUAUAGUAAGGAAGAGUUGACAACCUUUGAAGAAAGUGCUAUAGAUUACGAUACUAUAUUCAAGGAUGCAAAAAUUGGGCCCAUUGUAGGCUGGGAAAGAUCUAGUCGCAAAACCGUUGUUGAUAUUACCCAAUGCAAUGAAGAGAUCGAAAGAGCUAUUCUUCGAGAAGAAAGGCAAAGGAGAGCGAGACCUAGUAAGAGGCAGAGAUUGGGAAAACGACUUGGAGCAGAACGUGAAAGAGAGAGGGAAGCAAAAGAUAAGCAAAUAAAGAAGCUACUCAAGAAGAAGUUUCACAAGCGCGGAGGCAAAAAGAACAAAAAAUCUACAACCUCAUCGAAAAUGGCUCGCAUAUCGCCUUUUCCGAAGUAA